ACAAAACCAGAGGAAUAAAAAAAAAAAGCUCUCAGGCCUAAGCAUGUGGGUUCCACCUCCACACGAGGGGUAGCCCCAACACUGAGUUAAUCAGAUUAUUUUCGGGAAAACACGUACAACGUUGGACCAACAUGAUGGAAGGGUUGGAUCUUGCACGCACAUGUGUGGCGUGUCAGUGAGCUUUGCGGCCCGCGUGCGCGCUUAGCGUAGCCUCCCACCCCCCAUCACCAUCUUUCUGAGGAUUUUCCGUUCCAUGGAAGCCAUGAAAUCUCUCAGGAGGUGGAAAUGGAUCUUCCCAACCAAAUCCAAGACCUGCCCUUUUGAUUUUUCAUCAAAGAAGAGCUUUUCAGAUGCUCAAGGCUGGAAAGGAGAUAAUGAAAUCCUUCCCGUUUUGAUCGUUGGCGCAGGUCCUGUGGGCCUUGUUCUUUCCAUUCUUCUCACCAGAUUAGGGGUCAAAUGUGCCGUUCUAGAGAAAACUAAGAUUUUCUCCCAACACCCACAAGCACACUUCAUUAACAACCGAACAAUGGAGGUGUUCCGCAAAUUGGAUGGUUUGGUGGAGGAGAUCCAAUCAUUGCAACCACCAGUGGAUUUGUGGAGGAAGUUUGUAUACUGUACUUCUCUAUCAGGUUACAGUCUUGGGACAGUAGAUCAUAUGCAACCGCAAGAUUUUGAACGAGUAGUCAGCCCAGUUUCUGUUGCACACUUCUCACAGUACAAGCUUACCAGAUUGCUGCUCAAGCAGCUAGAAAAACUAAACUUUCAUGUUUAUACCUGUGAUGGGUCACAAGUCCCAAACAAAGGUUCCACAUGGGAAAGGGAGAUUUUGAUGGGUCAUGAAUGCAUAUCAAUUGAUCGCACUGCUCAUGGUGUCAUGGUAGGUGCUUCCUUUCUUAAGGAAGGGAAAAAGCUACAGAGAAACAUCCAUUGCCAUAUCCUUGUUGGUUCAGAUGGUGCCGGAAGUAAUGUGAGAAAACUGGUCGGCAUAGAUAUGAAAGGCGAAAGGGACUUGCAGAAGCUUGUCAGUGUCCAUUUCUUAAGCAGAGAUCUUGGACAAUACCUACUGCAUCAGAGGCCUGGAAUGUUAUUCUUUAUAUUUAAUCCAGAAGCUAUAGGGGUUCUUGUUGCGCAUGAUCUCAACCAAGGGGAGUUCGUGUUGCAGAUGCCAUUCUACCCUCCACAGCAAAGGCUAGAGGAUUUCAGUUCGCAGGAUGCGUUUAGUAUCAGGGUAUGCGAGGAAUUAAUCUUCAAUUUGGUGGGCCACAAGCUUGUGGAUAUAGCUGUUAUAGAUGUAAAACCAUGGGCGAUGCAUGCAGAAGUUGCUGAAAAUUUUGUUUGCUGUGACAACCGGGUAAUACUUGCAGGUGAUGCCGCUCAUCGUUUUCCUCCAGCUGGUGGUUUUGGAAUGAAUACUGGCAUCCAGGAUGCUCAUAAUCUAGCUUGGAAGAUUGCUUUUCUGUUGAAGGGUAUUGCUUCACCGUCCAUUUUGCAAACUUAUGAAAUGGAGCGUCGACCGAUUGCCGUCUUCAAUACAGAACUAAGUGUUCAAAACUUCAAAGCAGCCAUGUCAGUUCCUGCUGCACUUGGCCUCAACCCGACCAUUGCAAACUCAGUACAUCGAGUGAUUAAUAGUGGUUUCGGUUCCAUUCUACCAUCUGGACUACAGAAGGCACUCUUGGAAGGAAUUUUCGCCAUUGGCCGUGUACAGGUCUCACAACCUCUACUGAAUGAAAACAACCCUCUUGGAUCUACAAGGCUGGCUAAACUAAGGAGUAUUUUUUAUGAAGGGAAGAGCCUUCAACUCCAGUUUCCUGCUGAAGAUCUUGGUUUCAGGUACCUUGAGGGAGCUAUUGUUCCUGAUAUCAGCGCUGAAGCACGGGAUACCAAAAAAGUGCCUAUUGGUUGGAGGAGGGACUACAUCCCCUCCUCAGAGCCAGGAUCACGCUUGCCGCAUAUGAAUAUGAGGGCAUUGAAAGCACCAUCUAGUGAGGUGAUGCUGUCUACUUUGGAUUUGAUAUCGGGACAUAAGCUUGAAUUCGUUCUCAUUAUAGCACCAAUCAAGGAGUCAUAUGAUCUUGGAUGUGCUGCUUUCAAGGUGGCGUCGGGAUUCAAUGUGUCACUCAAGGUGUGUAUCAUAUGGCCACAAGGUUCCUCCAAUGAACUAACAGAUGGAAGUAAACCAGCGUUACUUCCAUGGGAGAAUUAUAUAGAUGUCGAGGAAGUUAAGAGAUCAUCUUCAGCGUUGUCAUGGUGGGAAAUGUGUCGGAUGACGAAUAGAGGUGCCAUUUUAGUUAGGCCUGACGAGCACAUUGCUUGGAGAGCCAUGGAUGUUUUGGGGGAUCCUUUUGUUGAGAUGGAGAGGGCCUUCUCUCUGAUAUUGGGAAGGGUGUAUCAGAAAAAGGAAUCCUAGGGCCAUGUGCGCAGCAAACAUACAGUUUGCUUAUGCUAAAUAUUCCUCGCACUUGGGUCCCAUGGCUUGGUGAUCCAAACUGUUGAUCUGAUGGACCAUCACGGACAGGGGAUGCCCUCAGAACCUCCCAUAUUGGAAGAUUCACACGCAUUCAAUCAGUGUCAAUGAUCUGCAUUCCAAGGAGGGUAGUAUGAAGAUCAAAGGGUUGGCAUCUCUCAAUCAGGAGCCUUCUGUAGCAUCAUCGAUGGUGGGACUAGCAUGGUCAGGAUCCUGUCCAUCAGCACCUUCACCGAUGUGUGGAAAGGUUUGUUGCAUUCCUAUCUAUCUAUCCUUUUUGGAGAUACUGACUGAGCGUUUUGCAGUGGAUCCCAAAAGAAAACCUGCACAGGUGGAUUAUGGUUAGUUUUGCAUUUCCACCUCCAAGAUAUGGAUUUUGUACAUUCAAGUACUUGCAUGAAACUAAGAAAUGUUCUCCUGGUGGUAAGCUUGUCAUUCUCAAUUAUUAUUUUUUUAGACACUUCCAGGCAUACACUAAACAUGGGGGAGUCCAUGAGAGAGCAUCAAAUGUAUAAGUUUUGAAUAUUCUGUUUUUGUGGGCCUUUGAUCAACACUGUACUUUGGUUUUUGGAAAAUAAUCAGUGAAAGAAUCAUGCAUGCUACAGCAAGGGCUAUUGUGACCACUGUCCAUGGUAUAAACAUCUGUUCUUUUA